AUGCUCACGUGCGCGCGCGGCCUCGUCCGCACGUCGGUGCGCUCCGCGCGCAACCUCGCGGUGCGCGCGGGCGACGACGGCUUCUCGGACUACUCCGCCAAGACGACCUUCCUCUUCCCGGGGCAGGGUGCUCAGAGCGUCGGCAUGGCGGCGGAGACGGCGGCGGCCGUGCCCGAGGCCGCCGCGCUCUUCGCCAAGGCGUCGGACAUCCUCGGCUACGACCUGCUCGCCAAGUGCGCCGAAGGGCCCAAGGAGGAGCUCGACUCCACCGCCGUGUCCCAGCCGGCGAUCUUCGUGUCGUCCAUGGCCGCGGUCGAGAAGCUGCGGUCCGAGUCGCCGGAGACGGUCGACAGCGCGACGUGCGCGAUGGGCCUGUCGCUCGGCGAGUACAGCGCGCUGUGCUUCGCGGGCGCCAUCUCCUUCGAGGACGGCGUCAAGCUCACCAAGCUCCGCGGCGAGGCCAUGCAGGCCGCCGCGGACGCGACGCCGAGCUCGAUGGUCAGCGUCAUCGGCCUCGACAAGGACAAGGUCGCGGAGCUGUGCGAGGCGGCGUCGACCAAGUCCGGCGGCAGCGUCACGACGGCCAACUUCCUCUGCAAGGGCAACUACGCCGUCAGCGGCGACGUCGCCGCCUGCGACGCCGUCGAGGAGAUCGCCAAGCCCGACUUCAAGGCGCGCAUGACGGUCCGCCUCGCCGUCGCGGGCGCGUUCCACACGGACUUCAUGGCCCCGGCCGUCGACGCGCUCGCCGCCGCCCUCAAGGAGACGGACGUCGCCUCGCCGCGCAUCCCCGUCGUGAGCAACGUCGACGCCAAGCCCCACAGCGACCCCGACGUCAUCAAGGACCUCCUCGCCAAGCAGGUCACGUCGCCGGUGCUCUGGGAGGACAGCGUCGCCCAGGUCCUCGGCAACGGCUUCGAGAAGGGCUACGAGCUCGGCCCGGGCAAGGUCAUCUCCGGCAUCUUCAAGCGCAUCGACAAGACCGCCGAGGUCGAGAACGUGGUCGUCUAG